CAGUUCCAGCGUCACUCGCGUACACCACGGACACGGUCAAGACGGACUUCCGAUACGAUCGCCAACGCCGAGACGUCUUCAGUCGGUUCUUGAUCGUUCGCGCAACCUGUAGCGUCUUGGGUUCGAUUUCGCAGUCUCUCGCGUACAACGUUGGUCGAUCGGCGACUCAAAAGUGCAUUCGUGGCAGUGUUAAUUAAUCCAUCUGUAAAGCAAUCAUGCCGAAACCGGUAGAAGAACCGUUCGACCAGUUCCAGCAGUACUACCGAACACCGAGCAAUCGGACUACGGCCGAGAACUUUCAGCUGUUUCUAUGGAAUCCGGAAGAGGGUGCCAUCUUUGGUCGUACGCCCUCCAGCUGGUCGAAGAUCGGCACCUUCUAUAUCGUCUUCUACAGUGUACUAGCCGCACUCGUUGCUGUGUGCAUGUGGGUCUUCUUCCAAACACUGGAUCCCCGCAUUCCCAAAUGGCAAAUGGACCAGUCCCUGAUCGGCACCAAUCCAGGAUUGGGCUUCCGUCCGCUACCGUCGGAGGAUAAUGUCGAGAGCACGCUGAUCUGGUACAAGGGCACGGACGAGAAGAACUAUAACAUGUGGACGAAUGCGUUGGACGAUUUUCUGCAAGAUUACAGAACACCCGGGCAGGUGUCGGGCCGCGGUCAGAACAUCUACAACUGCGACUACAAUCAGCCACCACCGAAGGGUAUGGUGUGCGACGUGGACAUCAAGCAGUACGGUCCAUGCACGCUGGAGAAUCACUACAACUAUCACAAGAGUGCACCGUGUAUAUUCCUAAAGCUGAACAAAAUCUAUGGCUGGGUGCCGGAAUUCUACAAUGAGUCGUCCAGGCUGCCCAAUAACAUGCCGGUCGAGCUGAAGGAGUACAUCAAGGAGAAGGAACAGAAGGAACUUCAUACGAUGAACACGGUUUGGAUAUCGUGCGAGGGUGAAAAUGCGGCCGACAUUGAGAACGUUGGACAGAUUCAGUACUAUCCGCGACGCGGAUUCCCCGGCUAUUACUACCCGUACGAAAACUCUGAAGGUUAUCUGAGCCCGCUCGUUGCGGUGCACUUUGAGCGACCAGUUCGUGGAAUUAUCAUCAACGUUGAGUGCAAAGCUUGGGCCCACAACAUUAAGCACGACAGACACGAGCGAAUGGGAACGGUUCACUUCGAGCUGAUGAUUGAUUAAGCGGGUUCGGCUUCCUAUGGGUGUUCCGGUGGCGCAAUGCGAUCGUGCGCUUCCUUCCGUUUUCUGGCGACACCGAAAUCUUUCGCACAGCAGGCCGAGGAGACUGAAUAGACUCAUCUCAACCAAAAAAACCGCGAUGCAGCGCUCCACCGCACCACCAUCUCUAAUAAGCGCAACAGAAUUUCGGAAUUGCAUCGAGAAUUAUGUGUGCGAUCGGCGGUUAGAAAGAGCAAAAGAUACACAGAUCCAUACACACAAGCACACACCCUCACAAAACACACCUCUUCCAUAACGGGCGCGUGGCAUUCUCGAGCCAAAACGUUGAAAUGCAAACGUUGCGCGUUUCUUUUGCAUACGGGCAAAAAAAGGGCCAUUUUUGGGGCAAUAUUUUAUCCACCGUUAAGAGCACCUCAAGUUUUAGCUAGAUCUUUAUUGUUUUGUCCUUCGUUAGUGCUGAUACGUGUUUAUGUUUUUCUUUUUACCGUUAAGACCACUUUUGCAGGCGGAUAGUGUUUGUUAAAGCGAGAUCCCUUUCUCAUCAUCAAUGAGCUUUGAUAUUGAUAUGAAUCUCUUUUAUGGUACGCGCUUAUGGCAGCUUACUAGAAUCUCGUUACAUCUCAAUUGUUCAAUUGUUCAAGUAAAAUCUAAAUCCCAUAUCUUACCCACUCUAACGUACAGUAGCAUACCAUUCUUGAUGAUCUCAACGAUCAAAUUGCCAAGAAGCAAAGAAGAAGAAAAAAAACGGUAUCUAUUAGGUCUAAUUCAAGGGUCUAAGUAAAGGGAAUGUUAAAGAACGGUUCUUGUACAUCUGUAAAUAUAUGAUCGCGGGAUAAAGAUCACAUCUAGAUCGCUGCGAGUAUAAUAAUAACAUCGUAACAUGGAUUAUUAAAUUAUGCUAGAAGCGAGCGUAUCGGGUGGAACGCUUCGAAAGCUAUUCCAUCUAGGUACGGCGCAUCACGUUACACCAUGCAUACCUAGCUACGUCACACGUAUAUUAUCUACAUCGUUCGAUUUUGUACUACUGCCAAUUGAGCAAUAAUAAGCGACUAAAAAUAUCCAUCCCUACUGUUCAUAACUGCUCGAACGAACAUCACGCUUGCAUCGUAAACUAACGCUUUGAGAGUAUGUGAAGGAUUCUUCCUCGACGACAUGGCACAAAACCUUGAUGACGCGAAUUUGCUCGUUCUAUAGUAUUACUAUUAUGGCAGGUUUUUGUUAUUAUCCCACGAUAUACAUCUCAAAAGCUGCUUGUCGUUUCAUUUAGAAAAAAGGCACCCACCCCCGUUUAGUUAGUCACAGCAUUAGUUCGAUUUCUGUUCUUUCCUUUACAAAACUGCACGCUUUAGUGUGUCAAAAUAACAAAACAAAUGAUCUAAGGGAACAAAUCAAUGUAGUAGUAGUAAUAAUAGAGAAGAUAUAUUAUAUUUAAUUAUGAACAGAUCAUCGAUCGAUCAGUAUCGAUCGACAGAUCCUGACGUUGAUGGAAAACGGUUGCAAUCUUACAAACACCACCUAAAAAAACAAAACAAACACACCCAAAAACGGUUUAGCCCGUUAAAGUAGUUCACAUUUUGGAUGUCUUUUACCGAGCAUUAUUUACUGUGUUCAACUCAAGUGCCAAUCAGUAGAAAGAGUACUAAACAAAACUCUAUCCGUUGCAGCCAUUUUUUGCAAGAAAAAAAAUUUAAGCUAAAACUACAACCAAACAAGCAACGGCAUCUGCUUCUUUGUUAAGCCGCAAAGAUGGCGCUACACAAUCGCAGGAAAAGCUUGGGCAGGGUUCGUCAACCUAAGUAAAAAAGCGUUAGUGUGGAAUGUAGAAAAACGUCGUCGUUUUUCCCGUUGUGAAAAACGUGCAACAAAUCGUGUGACAUUUUGUGAAAUUUUAACUCUCUUUCUUAUUCAAAAACCUAGAUAGCUGAUUUUUCCACUAACAAUAGUUGCUCUCAUUCGUAAAAGACGUUCGUAACAAGCUAAGAAUUGCAAUUGCAAAUGCUUUUAAUUAAUGUUUUCAACACGUGAUUCAUCACACAUUUUCACAACUAGUAGAACGUGCAUUUUGAUAUAUGUUAUUUCACUAUAUUUCACCAAUCGAUUACCAUCACAGAGCCUUACUUUAUUGGUGCGUUUUAAAAAUGCGUUCAUUCUAUUGCUAAAGAAAACAAUCCUUCCUACCCUUGUAGAGUUUAGUUGUACAGUUUAGUUCCCUCGGUGUGUCCCUUCUCCCUUCUUCUUCGUAUCUCAUCAUGAGCGCAUGUGUGUGUGUUUGUGUUUGUCGGUAGAUUCGCACUAGCAGGAAGUUGUGUGUUAUGGUUUUAAAUUGUUAUCACUAAAAAAAAAGAAUGCUUUUCCGCCCAACACACACGGUGCGAAACUCUCAAUUUAUGCGUAAAUUAUUCUCCCAAGAAUCUAGAACAAUUCUGUCACAAUUCGUCCAAGGAAUCUAAAUUCCGCUCUAAUUUUAUUAUUUGUUUGUUUGCAAAAAAUGUGUUAACUAUAUCAAUCUACUAUCUAUCAAUCGAUCGUGAAAACAAAAACCAGCAAUAUUAAAACAUGUUACAAAAAAUGUCUAUGUGUGUGUGUUUUCGCGCUAAAGAUUAAAAAACAGAUUUAAAAAAAAAGACAGUAGUACGGUAAAAAGAGUUUCGAAGGAUUUGCAGAACCAGCAGGAACCAACGUUAGGUAGAGAAAGCUAUAAAAGAAACAUACAUCUCAUUAGUGGGCACCUUUUUUCUCUUCAUCACCCAAAAUCGUGCUACUGGCCAUAGGGCAAAUUACACGGAGAUUGCCGAAAAAAUUAAUGUUUAGCAAAAUGGCACUACCAGGCACAAUUUAGUAUUUCCCCGUUUUCUCUUUGCUCCAUAAGAUUUGUAACGCUGUUAGUGGGAACGAUAGUAAAAAGGUAGCUUAGCCAUCAUAGAAUGCUUCAAAUCCCCCUUCCAAAGUCCCGUACAGUGGCCAUCGUUUUUACCCUUUCGCAAGUAUUGCUAUAGAUAGUGCUAUAAUUGCAGAUAGACAGCGAAAACAUGGAAGAAAGGAAAUGAAUCUGCAAGAAGAACUUGUGUAUCUAUAAUACCAAUCGAUCCGAAUAAAGAUUACAAAAUGGAAAGACCA